AUGAUUUGGAAGUUUCCUCCAAAUAAAAGAGAUGAAAUCCAUCGGGCUUAUAUUAAAGUUGGGCCAAAUCAACCAAUUUUUGAUAAUUAUCCAUUUUCUGGUGAUAAAAGUCAUCGUCGCUUUCAAGCUUCAUGGUUUAAAUUAUUCCCAUCUUGGUUAGAAUAUUCUAUAGAAGAUGAUGCUAUAUAUUAUUUUUCGUGCUUUCUUUUUGCUAAGAAACCUUCAAUCAAUACGAGUUCAAAUGCUUUUAUUGAGAAUGGUUUCAGGAAUUGGAAGAAAGUAAAUAGUGGAAAAGAAUGUGCUCUUUUGAAUCACAUUGGCAAAGGUCCUAACUCAUUCCAUCAUAAGGCGCUGAAAUCAUGUGAUGAUUUGAUGAAACAAUCACAACAUAUUGACAGACUUCUUCAUAAGCAAACAUCAGAAGAGAUUGAAAAGAAUCGAAUUCGACUAGGAGCAUCUAUAGAUUGUAUUAGAUGGUUGACAUUUCAAGGUUGUGCAUACAGAGGACAUGAUGAAAGCCAAAGUUCAAGCAACAGAGAAAUUCUACAUAUUCUUGCUACUAAGGUGAGAAAUUCAAUUAGAGAAGAGAUUGGAGAUGCCAAAUUUUGUAUUAUUGUUGAUGAAGCUAGAGAUGAAUCUAAAAAGGAGCAAAUGGCCAUUAUUUUGAGAUUUGUUACUCUAGAUAGUUUUGUUAAAGAGAGAUUCUUUGAUCUUGUGCAUGUCACUGAUACUUGUGCAACAACUUUAAAGAAAGAAUUGAUUUCUAUCCUUUCUCAUUAUAAUCUCCAAGUUGAAAAUAUUAGGGGUCAAGGGUAUGAUGGUGCUAGCAACAUGCGGGGUGAGUGGAAUGGUUUGCAAGCUUUGUUUCUUAAAGAUUCUCCACAAGCAUACUAUGUGCAUUGUUUUGCUCAUAGGUUACAAUUAGCAUUGGUGGCAGCUUCAAGAGAGGUACUUCAAAUUCAUGAAUUUUUUACUCAAUUAAACUCUAUUGUCACUAUUGUUAGUGCUUCUUCAAAAAGACAUGAUCAAUUACAAGAAGCUCAAGCAAUUGAAAAUGCAAACUUGGUUGCUCAAAAUGAAUUAGAAACAGGCAAAGGUGCGAAUCAAAUAAGCACUUUACAAAGAGCUGGGGAUACUCGAUGGAGCUCUCACUUUAAUUCUAUUUGCAGUUUGGUAAAAAUGUUUACUGCUACCAACAUUGUUCUCAAUAAUAUCAUUGAAGACGGGACAACUUAUGCACAAAGAGGUGAGGCUUAUGGUGUUAGUAAAAUAUUAUUGUCAUUUGAAUUUGUUUUCACUUUGCACUUGAUGAAAGAGAUUAUGGGAAUCACCAAUGUUCUUUGCCAAGCACUGCAACAACAAUCACAAGAUAUUCUUAAUGCAAUGCAUAUUGUUUCUACAUCAAAGUUACUUCUUCAACAAUUAAGAGAUGGUGGAUGGUGCAAUUUUUUUGCAAAUGUUAAAGAUUUUUGUGAAAAACAUGAAAUUGAAGUCCCUAAUAUGAGUGCACAAUAUGUUUUUGGAAGAGGUCGAUCUCGUCAACCAAGUGUGACAGUUGAGCAUCAUUAUCGAAUAGAUGUAUUCUUGGCAACAAUUGACUCUCAAAUACAAGAGUUUAAUAGUAGAUUUAAUGAGCAAACAAUAGAGCUUUUGACUUUGAGUUGUGCUUUGGAUCCUAAUGACAAUUUCAAAUCAUUUAAUAUUGAAAAAAUCAGCAAGUUAACAGAGAAGUUUUAUUCCCUUGACUUUCCUUCUAAUGAGCUAAAUAUUUUGAAAUCUCAGUUGCAACAUUAUCAGCAUGAUAUACCAAAUCAUUUGAAAGGCAUUGGUACACUUUCUGAAUUGUGCAACAAGUUGCAAGAAAUGGGAAAAUCAAGAACUUAUCACAUGGUUGAUAGAUUAAUACGUCUUGUUUUGACUCUACCAGUGUCUACAGCAACAAUAGAAAGAGCUUUUUCAGCAAUGAAAAUUGUUAAGACAAGACUCUGA